GGUUACAGGCCACUGCUCUUGAGUCUCUCCAGCUCUUCAGCAUCAGCUUCCACCUGCACGUGCUCCACAUCCUCUCAUCAUCAUCAUCAUCCUCUCAUCAUGUUCGGCCAAUCCCGCAGCAGCGCCCGCAGCAUCUCCAGCGCCAGCAGCUCUCUCAGCAUAAGCGGGGGAGGGAUGCAGAUGGUCGGAGGCGGACAGGUCCGCAUCUCCACCGGCGGGCAGCUGCGGGGGCGCGCGCCCAGCGUGUACGGUGGCGCGGGAGGCUCCGGGACCCGCGUCUCCCAGGCCUACUCCAUGAUGUCCAGCUAUGGCUCCGGGUCCGGGUCCGUCUAUGGCUCCGGGUCAAUGGCCACGUACGGCGAGGCCGCGGUGAUCACCAACGAGAAGUUGACCAUGCAGAACCUCAACGACCGCCUGGCCUCCUACCUGGAGAAGGUUCGCUCUCUGGAGGCAGCCAACAAGAGGCUGGAGCUGCAGAUCAGAGAGUACUAUGAGAAGAGAACCUUCAUCGCCAGAGACUACACUGGCUUCUUUGCCACCAUCACUGAGCUCCAGGCCAAGAUCGCAAGGAGACAUUCAGAAAAUCAAAGUAUCCUUCUCCAGAUUGACAACGCUCGGCUGGCCACUGACGACUUUAAAAUUAAAUAUGAGAUGGAGAUGAACAUGCGCUCAAUGGUGGAGGCUGAUGUGACUCGUCUCCGUGGCGUCCGGGACAGUCUAACCCUCAACUCCAGCGACCUGGAGAUGCAGAUCGAAGGGAUGAAGGAGGAACUGGCCUUCAUCAAGACCAACCACCAGGAGGAGCUGCGUCUGCUGAGGGCCCAGCAGAGCGGUUGUGUCAAUGUGGAGGUGGACAGUACAGAGUCUGUUGACAUGACACGGGUGCUGCAGGAGCUCAGGGAGCAGUACGAAGCUCUGGCCAUCAAGAACAAGCAGGACAUGGAGAAAUGGUUCCAGCUGAAGAUGGACGGUCUUCAGAUACAAAUCACGACAGUCACGACAGAGGUGGACUCACAUAACACACAGCUUUCAGAGCUGAAGAGAACCUACCAGAGUUUGGAAAUAAAUCGGGAAAGCAUCAUCACAGAGAUGCAGUGUCUGCAGCAGAAUGUGAAGGAAGUGAACAGUCGCUACAGCAUUCAGCUCAACCAGCUGCAGGUGACCAUCAACACGUUGGAGGUGGAGCUGCAGCAGCUGCGGGUCUCGCUCGAGCAGCAGAGAUCUGAGUACAACCUGCUUCUGGACAUCAAGAUGAGGCUGGAAAUGGAGAUUGCAGAGUACAGGAGACUGCUGGAGGGAGAGCACUACGAGAGAAAGGCUGUGGUUAUCAGCAAGGUUGUGGAGGUGGAGGUGGAGGAGCAUAAACCCCAUAUCGAGAGGAGAGUGAAGACCAUUGUGGAGGAGAUCAUCGAUGGAAAGAUUGUCUCCUCCACGGUUGACACCCAAGUGGAGGACAUUCAGUGACAGCCCUGCUCACCUCUGCUGCAGCUAAACUCACAGUGUGACAAUCAUUCAGCCCGUACACAGCUCAAGUAAUAUCUGAUAAAGUUAACUGCAGAACAGUUUCUAUGCUGGGACGAUCUUUAACCAUUGUUUCACCUCAGUAUCAUGUUGCAACAAGUCAUGUUAUCCACCAUGGCAGAUGCCCAAACUGAAAAUGAAACAAAAUUAAAGGCCAUGAAACAAAGA